UUUAAUUACAGCAGCCGCCGGACAAGUGUGAGGAAAGCUGACAGGAAAAAAGGACAGGAUCGGGUGAAGCAAGCAGCUUCUCCCCGCCACCCCUCCCUUUCCUCCCAAUUUGGACUGGAGGUGCGAGGAAACUGAAAAGGGAGCCGAACAGAGUCCGGCUGGGGGGAGAGGCCGGAAAGCUACCGCCUGUUUGCAAUCAACUUUUUUUGGAAACCCUUUUCCGAACCCUUGCUUUUUAUUGUUGACCAACCAGGGAGAGAGAGCGAGAAAGUGAGGAGGGAGCGAGAAAGCGGAGGCUCACCCGGGGAAAUAGCUGUCCGGCCCGACCAGGAGCACCACGCGCACACACUCGAGCCCACUCCCACCCGCGCGCACGCUCACGCGCACCCUCUGCCCCCGCUCCGCCGGGCCCCGGCCCCGCGGGCGCGGACUGGGUCGCCCGCGCUCGGAGCCGGUGCCCCGCGCGCGCCAGUCCCCCUCGCGCCCUCACGCGCGCCCGGCUGAGGGAUCUCCUCCGUGUGCCCGAAAGGGGAUAUGCCAUUUGGACAUGUAAUUAUCAGCACGGGAUCUGAGACUUCCAAAAAAUGAAGCUGGCGACAGGACUGUGGGUCUGCGUGAGCCUUCUCGUGGCGGCGGGGACCGUCCAGCCCAGCGCUUCUCAGUCAGUGUGCGCAGGAACAGAGAAUAAGUUGAGCUCUCUCUCUGACCUGGAACAGCAGUACCGAGCCUUGCGCAAAUACUAUGAGAACUGUGAGGUAGUCAUGGGCAACCUGGAGAUAACCAGCAUCGAGCACAACCGGGACCUCUCUUUUCUGCGGUCUAUAAGAGAAGUCACAGGCUACGUGUUGGUGGCUCUUAAUCAGUUUCGCUAUCUGCCUCUGGAGAAUUUACGCAUUAUUCGUGGGACAAAACUUUAUGAAGAUCGAUAUGCCUUGGCAAUAUUUUUAAACUACAGAAAAGAUGGAAACUUUGGACUUCAAGAACUUGGAUUGAAGAACUUGACUGAAAUCCUAAAUGGUGGAGUCUAUGUAGACCAGAACAAGUUUCUUUGUUAUACAGACACAAUUCAUUGGCAAGAUAUUGUUCGGAAUCCAUGGCCUUCCAACCUGACCCUGGUGUCAACAAAUGGUAGCUCAGGAUGUGGACGUUGCCAUAAGUCCUGCACUGGCCGAUGCUGGGGACCCACAGAAAAUCAUUGCCAGACUUUGACAAGGACUGUCUGUGCAGAACAGUGUGAUGGCAGAUGCUACGGACCCUACGUUAGUGACUGCUGUCACCGAGAAUGUGCUGGAGGUUGCUCGGGACCUAAGGACACCGACUGCUUUGCCUGCAUGAACUUCAAUGAUAGCGGAGCAUGUGUUACUCAGUGUCCACAAACUUUUGUCUACAAUCCAACAACCUUUCAACUGGAGCAUAACUUCAAUGCAAAAUACACCUAUGGAGCAUUUUGUGUCAAGAAGUGCCCACAUAACUUCGUGGUCGAUUCCAGUUCCUGUGUGCGUGCCUGCCCUAGUUCCAAGAUGGAAGUAGAAGAAAAUGGGAUUAAAAUGUGUAAACCUUGCACUGACAUUUGCCCAAAAGCUUGUGAUGGCAUUGGCACAGGAUCAUUGAUGUCAGCUCAGACCGUGGAUUCUAGUAACAUUGACAAAUUCAUAAACUGCACCAAAAUCAAUGGGAAUUUGAUCUUCCUUGUCACUGGUAUUCAUGGGGACCCUUACAAUGCAAUUGAAGCCAUAGACCCAGAGAAACUGAACGUGUUUCGGACAGUCCGAGAGAUAACAGGUUUCUUGAACAUACAAUCAUGGCCCCCAAACAUGACCGACUUCAGUGUUUUUUCUAACCUGGUGACCAUUGGUGGAAGAGUACUCUAUAGUGGCCUUUCCUUGCUUAUCCUCAAGCAACAGGGUAUCACUUCUCUACAAUUCCAAUCCCUGAAGGAAAUCAGUGCAGGAAACAUCUAUAUCACUGACAACAGCAACCUGUGUUAUUAUCAUACCAUUAACUGGACAACGCUCUUCAGCACAAUCAACCAAAGAAUAGUGAUCCGGGACAACAGGAAAGCUGAAAACUGUACUGCUGAAGGAAUGGUGUGCAACCAUCUCUGUUCAAACGAUGGGUGUUGGGGACCUGGGCCAGACCAGUGCCUGUCAUGCCGUCGCUUCAGCAGGGGAAGGACCUGCAUAGAGUCUUGUAACCUCUAUGACGGUGAAUUUCGGGAGUUUGAGAAUGGCUCCAUCUGUGUGGAGUGUGACCCCCAGUGUGAGAAGAUGGAAGAUGGCAUCCUCACAUGCCAUGGACCGGGACCUGACAACUGUACAAAGUGCUCCCAUUUUAAGGAUGGCCCGAACUGUGUGGAAAAAUGUCCAGAUGGCUUACAGGGGGCAAACAGUUUCAUUUUCAAGUAUGCUGAUCAGGAUCGGGAGUGCCACCCAUGCCAUCCAAACUGCACCCAAGGGUGCAUAGGCUCAAGUAUUGAAGACUGCAUCGGCCUGAUGGAUAGGACUCCUCUAAUUGCAGCCGGAGUCAUUGGCGGGCUCUUCAUCAUGGUCAUCGUGGGUCUAACAUUUGCAGUUUAUGUUAGAAGGAAGAGCAUCAAAAAGAAAAGAGCCUUAAGAAGAUUCCUGGAAACAGAGUUGGUAGAACCCUUAACCCCCAGUGGUACGGCGCCUAAUCAAGCUCAACUACGUAUUUUGAAAGAAACUGAGCUCAAAAGAGUAAAAGUACUUGGUUCAGGUGCUUUUGGAACUGUUUAUAAAGGUAUUUGGGUCCCUGAAGGAGAAACAGUGAAGAUUCCUGUGGCUAUUAAGAUUCUUAAUGAAACAACUGGUCCCAAAGCCAAUGUGGAGUUUAUGGAUGAAGCUCUGAUCAUGGCAAGUAUGGACCAUCCACACUUAGUCCGGUUAUUGGGUGUCUGUCUAAGCCCAACCAUUCAGCUGGUUACACAGCUUAUGCCCCAUGGCUGCCUGUUGGAUUAUGUCCAUGAACACAAGGAUAACAUUGGAUCCCAGCUAUUGCUUAAUUGGUGUGUUCAGAUAGCUAAGGGAAUGAUGUACCUGGAAGAAAGACGGCUUGUUCAUCGGGAUUUGGCAGCCCGUAAUGUCUUAGUGAAAUCUCCAAACCAUGUAAAAAUCACGGAUUUUGGACUAGCCAGGCUCUUGGAAGGUGAUGAAAAAGAGUAUAAUGCUGAUGGAGGAAAGAUGCCAAUUAAAUGGAUGGCUUUGGAGUGUAUACACUAUAGAAAAUUCACCCAUCAGAGUGACGUUUGGAGCUAUGGAGUCACUAUAUGGGAACUGAUGACCUUUGGAGGAAAACCCUAUGAUGGAAUUCCAACCAGAGAAAUCCCCGAUUUGUUAGAGAAAGGAGAACGUUUGCCCCAGCCUCCCAUCUGCACUAUUGAUGUUUAUAUGGUCAUGGUCAAAUGUUGGAUGAUUGAUGCUGACAGUAGACCUAAAUUUAAGGAACUGGCUGCUGAAUUUUCGAGGAUGGCUCGAGACCCUCAAAGAUACCUAGUUAUUCAGGGUGAUGAUCGUAUGAAGCUUCCCAGUCCAAACGACAGCAAGUUCUUUCAGAAUCUCUUGGAUGAAGAGGAUUUAGAAGAUAUGAUGGAUGCUGAGGAAUAUCUGGUCCCUCAGGCUUUCAACAUCCCACCUCCCAUCUAUACUUCCAGAGCAAGAAUCGACUCAAAUAGGAGUGAAAUUGGACACAGCCCUCCUCCUGCCUACACCCCCAUGUCAGGAAACCAGUUUGUGUACCGAGAUGGGGGUUUUGCUACAGAACAAGGAGUGCCCAUGCCCUAUAGGGCCACCACCAGCACGAUCCCAGAAGCCCCAGUUGCUCAGGGGGCUACCGCCGAGAUUUUUGAUGACUCCUGCUGUAACGGCACCUUACGCAAGUCCGUGGCACCCCACGUCCAAGAGGACAGCAGCACCCAGAGGUACAGCGCUGACCCCACAGUGUUUGCCCCAGAACGGAGCCCACGAGGAGAGCUGGAUGAAGAAGGUUACAUGACCCCUAUGCGAGACAAACCCAAACAAGAAUACCUGAACCCUGUGGAGGAGAACCCUUUUGUCUCUCGAAGGAAAAAUGGAGACCUUCAAGCUUUGGAUAAUCCCGAAUAUCACAGUGCUUCCCAUGGUCCACCCAAGGCAGAGGAUGAGUAUGUGAAUGAGCCACUGUACCUCAACACCUUUGCCAACGCCUUGGGGAACGCUGAAUACCUGAAGAACAACGUACUGUCUGUGCCAGAGAAGGCCAAGAAAGCAUUCGACAACCCUGACUACUGGAACCACAGCCUGCCACCCCGGAGCACCCUUCAGCACCCAGACUACCUGCAGGAGUACAGCACAAAAUAUUUUUAUAAACAGAAUGGACGGAUCCGGCCUAUUGUGGCAGAGAAUCCUGAAUACCUCUCUGAGUUCUCGCUGAAGCCAGGCACUGUGCUGCCUCCUCCGCCCUACAGACACCGGAAUACUGUGGUGUAAGCUCAGCUGUGGUUUUCAGGUGGAGAGAGACGCCCGCUCCAAUUUCCCCGCCGCCUCUCUUUCUCUUGUGGUCUUCCCUCUACUCUCAAGGCCAGUAGUUUUGACACUUCCCAGUGGAAGAUAUCAAGAUUCAAUGAUAGUUAUGUGCUUAUCUAACUUGAACAUUAGAAGGAAGGACUGAAAGAGAAAGACAGGAGGAACCACACUGUUUCUUCAUUUCUCUGCAUGGGUUGGUCAGGAGACUGGAACAGCUAGAGAAGGACCAGCAAAUAUGAGGCAAUACUGCCUGCUGUCAAACUAGUUCCCAACUUUUUUUUACGUUUUUUUCUUUGCCUCCUUUCCUUCCUUCCUUCCUUCCUUCCUUCCUGUAUUUCAAUGCACAUGCUUGAAAGACCCAAGCUGCAGGAACCGAUGUGUACAUUUUCAGUAUCCCUGGAAAUCCUAAUGAUGUUUCCAGAAGAACAAAAUGAUAACCUUUUUUAUAAUGUAUGAUAGUAACUAAGAUUGAAAAUCCAAUCUCUUUCUCAGACAGUUUCAAUCUUGACAAGCAAGAAUGGCCAACUCAGCUUUCAUAAGUUUUGAAUCUUCAUCAAAGUUAUAACUAGUAAUUAUAUUUGGAGAGCUUUUUUGUUUUUUUCAUUUUGUUUUGCUUUGAUCUGUCUCUUCAUAUUACUUUCUCCCCUCUUUUCAGCUUUAAUUUAUAAUUGCAAACAUUUUUACAUCAAACCUUCUUAGGUGUUGCUAUAAAUUGAAAGAAUUGUAAAAAGAAAUAUUUUAAUAUGGUGAAAUGGCCACUAUUUUAAAUAUGCAGUCUUUAAAAUUAGAAGGGGAGGCCAAGAUAUCAGUCAAAUGUAACAUCAAAUCUUACUUUUGUGUUUUACACUAUUGAAUAUGUACCCCCCCGCAAUCUUUUACAUUCUUCAACCUUUUCUUCCCCUCUGUGAAUGACAGUACUUGAUAGGCAGUUGGUAAUGUUAAGAGUAGAAGGGAAACUAAGAGACAGUUCUGUGUGGUUCAUGAAAACUACUGACACUUUCAGGGGUGGUCCAAUGGGGAAUCCAUUGAACUGGAAGAAACACACUGGAUUGGGUAUGUCUACUUGGCAGAUACUCAGAAAUGUAGUUUGCACUUAAGCUAUAAUUUUAUUUGUUCUCUUUCUGAACUCCAUUUUGGAUUUUGAAUGAAGCAAUAUGGAAGCAACCAGCAAAAUAAUUCAUUUAAGUACAUUUUUUUUAAAAAAAGAGCUAAGAUGAAGAAAGACUGUGGAAAUGCCAAACCAAGCAAAUUAGGACUUUGGAACACUUUGGGAUUAUGGUGAGAGGGUCAGCACAUGAUCAACAUGUGAUAUCACAUUUCCUAAACAAGGAAAGUUGUCCAGUUUGUAUACUCCACUUGAAGGAAUGCAAGUAAGGACUGGCUUGAAUUCCAUGGAAUUUCUAGUAUGAGACUCUAUUUAUAUUAAGAAGUGGAAGGUAACUCUUUGCACAUAAAUUGGUAUAAUAAAAAGAAAUACAAACAUUCACUGCUUAUAAAUAGGUCCUUGGGUCAAAAGUUGUAAAUAAAUGUGAAAAAACUUCUCAUGUAAUUAUUUUAAUAUCCAACAUACUACUCUUUUGAUACUUUAUAUAAUAACUCUUUUUCUUCAAACACAGCAUCCUAGUUCUAGAGCCACCUUUCUUGUGUAUCAUUUUAAAGAAUACCUACUGAGUUAAGAUGAGCAAUGGGAACAAAUGGUAGGAAUGAGUUUUCAGGAAAAUGGGGCCUCAGGUCAGUAAUUAGAAAAAUUGGAUAGAAAUCUCUCUUUUAGGAAAAUCUGGCCUAAUUCAUUUGGAAUUUUUAAAAAAUAUUUCUUUCCAAUGUUAAAGUAUUGGGAUCAAAUUUGAAUGUAUAACCUAAUUGAAAGCAACUAGACUAAAAAUCUCUAUUGGCAAAGAGGAGAGUUUAGAAAAAAGGAUGAAAAGAAAUCAAGGUUUCUGCCUAUUUUGAAAAGUAGAUCUAUCUAUCCAUUCAGCUCCCUUAUUUUUUCAACUUAUAUUUAUUUAUAGUCUACUAAAAGCACUGUGUUAUGUGGGGAACACCCAGAUAAAUGCAAUACUAUCCCUAACUUUAAAAUUUUACAAUCCAGAUUUAUUUGGCAUGACAUUUAAUUUUUUAAUAUAAUUCAAGGAAUACAAUUGCAUGGACUAUUUUAUGAAUAGUCAUAUAAAAAUCAACUCUUUGUUAAAAGAUCUCCUGUGAACUCAUGUGGGACAUGAGUGAAACACCCUACAAGUUCCUGAAGUUAGCAAAUAGGAUAGUUUCAGUGUUACCAUUCAAACACAAACUGUUCUAGAAGGAUAUUGUAUCACUGGCUAAUUGUCCUAUAUGGAUCCUAACUUAACCAUUAAAUCAACAAUAGAUGUUGGUCUUUGGCCAGUAACAUUGGAGAAAUUGGGAUUGGUUUCUUCCUGAGUUAUGAAAAGUGAGGGAAGCUUAAAGGCUGAGGUUGAGCAAGGGAGGGGUUUGUGAGAGCUCUUCCAGUGAAAUUCAAACAUGAACUUCCCAGGGUUGAAGACACAGAAUGAUUCAGGGGCCACAGCCUAAUAGCUCAGAGCUCUUUCACCCAGUCAGAGGAGUAUCCAGGAAAAGGGGUCCUCACAUCAGUGUUUAUGAAAGUUUAGAUAUAAACCACUCUUUCUAAAUAAAUCUGUACCAACUCAUCACUGACAGCAUCCUUGUUGGAUACUAGAACUUGACUUUUUUUCCUGAUUUACAAUAUUCAUAUGGUUUCUAUGGGGAUAUGAAAAGCAGAAUCACUUAUAUUGAAGAAGGAAAGAAAAAUAAUUAUUUUACUGUUAAGGUAAUAGAAAUGUAUUCAGUGAAGGUAGUGUCUCCGUCAUCCUAGGAACAUAAAACCCUUACACAUCAGGUACUAAUAACUGGAGAUAGAUGCAAGUAUAAUCCAAAAUGACCCAAAAUGCUUCACAAGAACUUUAUUGUUCCUUUUGAAUGAUUUCUGUAGCACAUACUUGAUUUCAGUUGUUUUAGGGUUUCUCUUUUGAUUUAUUUUUGUCCCCCUAGGAAAACAUAUUUCAGAGUGUAUGAGGGGGAGCAAAAAAAGUUUCAUUUGUUCCAAAGAAUAACUUAUUCAACUCAGUAGAGUGAAAUUUAAAAUGCCAAUUAAAACCUGUGAAGUGAAUCAGAAUAUCAGAUUAUCGUAGGCUAGUUAUAUCAGUGCAAAUAUGCAGAACCAAUUAAGUAAAUUUGCAGAAAAUUAAUAGUCAAAUUACACAGACUGUAUUUUUUAAAUCACCAAAUCUUGUAGCUUAUACCUAUCUUGGGGAAUCUUAUUUCCAGGUAAGAAAAACUGUAUAAUUAAAUGGUUGUUUAGGGCAGUGGUUCUUAGGCAGGUGAGAAAAGAAGUUUUCUAAACCAAGGUAGACCCAGAACCGCAAAGCAUCCUGAACCACAAAGAGAUGCUUGAACUACAAGUAGAAAUUGAUUUUCCAACUAUUUGUGGCACAGGUUAGGAUGAGAGUUUUUCUCGGGUAAUAUUCUUGAAAUGGAAUGAAAAACAAUGCAAAACUCAAAUCAUAUUAAAAUGUAUAAACUAAAAAUUUGAGAUUGUUUUCUUAGUAGAUCAGGAAGAAUGACUGAAUAUUUGUAGCUGGAGAGGAGAAAUAGUGUUCUUCUAAGUGUAUAAUGUAUGUGUUAAUACCUUGUAAAAUCAGGACUUGGCAUGAAGAUCAUGUAUAUUUCCAAUGCCUAGGACAAACCAGUAGGACUGUGAGGUGCUGUCCCUACAUGAAGUUGAAAGGGUUAUCAACAUGCUUUUUGAAGUGUCAAAAUUUUAAAAAAAGGAAAUUGGUUAAGCCCGACAGGGAAGGAUGUAAAUACAUGUUUUUCUAGAGCUAUCUUAACUUUAUUUCAAAACUUGAAUUAUUCAUCCAUCUAUAAAUGUUGGUUAUUUAACUAGUAUAUGUAGUUCAUAAGGUAAUAGAAAAAGUGAUUAUGAAAGCAUGUAUAUAUCUGGACAGAACCAUGAUAAUGCUGUAAGAUGUAGAUUUAGUUAGGUUAACAGAUGUUAAAUGAUUUUAAUACUAUUAAAUAAAUCAAACUAGAAAACUAACCACAAAAUAUAAUGUAGCAAAAUAAAAUGCAGGAUAUGAAAAUGUAGGAUGGAUUUUGCAUAGUAAAAAAUGUUUGCCAUUUAAAAUUGUUAUUUGUUAGGUUGAGCUGAAAGUGGGCAUAUAAAAAGCAGGUUCCACUUAUGAAAACUUGCUUUAAAGCAUUACAAUUAUUUUUUUCUCAUUCUCUUAUUCCUUUACCAUUUGUAAAAUGUAUUACGUGUAAAGAGGAAUUUUUCAAAUUUGUUUUGCAAAUACCACCUUGUAGAGUUUAACAGGCAAAUAUGUUAAGAUGACUUUAAGUAAGAGGUUUCAAAAUGAAAUGAAGGAAAUAUAAAUGUUCUAUUACCUUAUGCAGAGACAAAAAAAUGAGUGGUGUCAUUUAGUAAACAAACAAAAUGCAUUUAAUUUGUGACACAUCCUUUCUUUUUUCUAUGAUACCCUCCCAUCUCCAAAAAGAACCCAAGGAAUUAAUUAACAAUAUUCUGAGAAAUAAAUGCUAAAGCAAGCAUUUCAAACUGCUGUAUUUCCAUUGUUCUGGACAAUAGUUGAUAGCCAGAUGAUUUUUAAUAAGGCAAAUAAGAAAUCCAGGUGGAUAAGCUUCUAGUUGUUGAAAAGCCAGAAAACUAAAUCUACUGUAUAUCCUAUGGGCAGAGAAUUCUGCUGGGCCUCUCUUUAUGCAUAUGGUCUUUGAAGAACAGCCUGGUACCCAUGCAGACACCUAAAGGCAGACUUAUAUCUGCUGAUUGCCAUUUGCUUAAGAACGAAUAAGAGUGUACAGAUGUAGACUGGGCAUCAUUUUAAAAUAACACUAUCAGUAGAGACCUUGAUAUUACUGAUAUUACAAAAGGGCCAGCUUUUAUACUUCUGGGUAGAAUUAAUACAAUUUUUCUAAUACCAGAGAACCUUUACAAAAGUAGUUCUUUCCACAAUUGCAAACAUUAAGCUGUUGUGGGCACGGUGUUGGAUCAGGAGUCCUUCAGUUUAUGUGGACACAUGGCUUUAGUACCAUGGGCUACUUGUUCUUUUCAUUAAACAAAAGUCUCUAUAAAAUAAAAUUUUCAGACACUCGGUUCAAGCCCCACUGAUUUUGUAAAGGUGCAAAAAUGUAGGAUGUGUCACUUUGGCAGACCCCUGUCUCACCUCUUCACAGCCAGGUGAUCUUUUGGGCAGAAGAAAUGCUUCUCUAGUCAUGAGCUGAAAAGACUCUUAAGUCCCAGUUUCAUGGAGGUUUUCACAUGCUUCCCCUGGAAAAUACUCCCUGACAGUCAGCUUUGCAAGUAAGUGAUUAUCUUGUUAGGAAUCACAGAAACAAUUCAUUUCUCUCUGGACCUUAAGGAAAAUGCUGCCCUUACUUCUUUUACCAUUGGCACAACUACUCCAUUUUCCUUACUUUUCUGCCACCCUAGUUCAAAGUGGCCCUCUUGAUGCUGUGCCUGUUUUAAGCCAUAGUGGAACUCUGAGGUCCCACGCGCUGCUUUGUAAAACAUUGAUUUAGCCUCUGCCCUCAAAUGUCUGACUUUUCCAUAAAAGAUAGUAGCAAUUUGGACAUUGUUUAAAUUAUUUCUCAAAUAAAUGACUGCACAGAGCAUACUUUAUGAUGUUAAAAUUAUGCUUUUCCAUGAAGAUCGAUUCUCUUACUAUGUCCUUCUCUGUAGGAAUUUGAGUCGAGUCAGCCCUGUGAUGAAUCUUGAAACUCACAUAUGUGCACAUACCCUUGGUAGGUUUUAGAUUUAAUCUUUUCAUGAAAACUUUACAUUAUAAUAAGUUAUUUUUGCCAGCAAAUUAACUUAUUUACUUUAUUUAUCUUACUUUGCUCCUGAUUGCAAAUAUUUUACAGCUGCUGUAUAUAUAUUUUGUUUUUUUGAUAAAUGAAGAGUCUUAUUAUCAUAAAGGUAAAGGCUAUUCAGCUCUGAGAACCACCUGUAGCUCUUUACUGGAUCAUUCAUCCCUCUGACAAAUGUAUAAUGAGUGCAGUUUCACUGAAAUGAAAAUCCAUGUUGUCUAAUAGGUUGCCAUUUUUUCUCUACUUUUGCUUUUUAAGGAUAUUUGUCUUUCAAUGCUCUAAGUGUUUUACCCAUGUCACAAUAAGUGGUUAUAUUUGUACAAAUAUAAGAAAACAAAGUUUCAUACCUGUAGGCAAUAGUCUAACUUGUCCAAACCACUUUGCCUUUACUGCUAUUUUUAUCCCUGAUGUGUAGCUGUUUCCCCCAGGCCUGUAGCUGUUAUGAAGGAAAGCAAAUCAUACCUCCUAAGUAUUGACAUAACCUGAUUCUUGAGUACCAUUUCCAGAAUUUUCAGUUAGUGGGGGGGUGUACCUUUUUCCUAAUGUGAGAGUCAUUUUCCUGUAUAUUUCUGGAUCUCUCAGGGGCUGGGAGGGGGGCAUGAGGGGGCUACACCAUAGUACUCCAAGAAUCCUUUGGGAUUACUCCAGUAACCAACUAUGAAAGUUAUUUUCUAAGUGUAGAUAUGUAAGCUGUUCUUUUAAAGUAAGGUACUUUGGAAUAUUGUAGCAUAAAUUGGUACUGCUGUUAAAUGGGUCGAUUAUUAAACUGAGCAGCUGUGCAAGGGCAGCUAACUUUGAAUGCACACCUCACUGGCUGGUGUGUCUACAUCUCCUGCCGUGAGCACCAGGGACUUGCAUUGCUGCAGGUCAAAACUGCAUUUUCACACGACAUGACUAGGUGUUCAUCUUUCCUGAGCACCAUUAUAACAAGAUCAAAUGAAAAUGAGAUCGAUCUGCAAGACAAUUCAGAGCACAAAAUGUCACGUGAAAUCAUCUCUUAAACGCUCAUCUCAUAUCUGCAUCAAAGUAGUUGACUAGUUGACGAAGAUCAGUUCAGGUGAAAAAGGGAGACACUUUACCAAAAAGGCAGAGGCUUAAGGUAUUAUAUACAUUUGUAUUCAUUUCCUCGUGUUCUUAACUUGUAAAGAGAAAACAAGCCCUCUCUCUUCUGAAGUAUCUUCAAAGGACAGGGGUGCAAAAAUACCUAGCUGGUAAGCCAUUGAUGUUUCAUUUAAAUCCCAGUGUUCAAAGUUAGCUGCCUUUUUGAAAUAAACAAACAAAAAAUACUACUGUAUGUUUGAAAAUGUGAAUAGUAUUUUUAUAGCUUGUUAAAGACAUGGCUAGUUGCAUUUGUAAAUAGGGAUAAUGUUGCUCUGAUUUUCUUCUGUGGACAUCUUCAUUUGGAACAUAAUUGUCUUUAGGGUUAAUUUGUAUAUAAGUAAUUGGCUUGUGAUUGUUUCCUUUGGGUUGGAAGUUAUCAUUUUGACAUUACUUGUGAUUCUGUGUUCAGCACUAUGGUGAUGUGUUCAACCUCUGCACUCGCUUACACAAUAGGAUAUGCCAAUUGUGUGUGGUGUAAUGUUAUUUUGAUUUUUUUCUAUUUUAUCUAUGAAGGAUUAUGCACUUAACACAUACUAACUUUUUUAAUGUUAGGUAUAUUUUUAGUAUAAUUUCCCUUAUUCUUUCUUCCCCUCCAACCCUUCACUCCAUUCUCCUUCCCUUCUCCCGUUUUCUGUUGUCAUUUGAGAAUGAGGGACAAACGGUAUUUUACAUUUCUGUAAUUAGGCUUUUCUGUUAGUUCUCAAGGAUCCUCUCUUGGCUCUUGGGAAAGAAUUGUACCUGUACAAGGCAAUUAUAGAAUGCGACCUGCUUUUCCUCAUUCCACACUGAUCAUCCCAGCUGAACAAUUUGAAAACUGUUCUGCCUUUUUGUUACAUGAAUCUGUCAGAAAUAUAUUUUUAAUUUAAUAUAAAUGAAAUUCAAUAAAAUAUGAAACAAAUGUU